UUGUACCGGGCAACCGGCCCAUUCUUCUGAAACGCCAUUGUAUUGUAAUGAAGCCUCACGUUGGCCAGGCAAGGUACGUGCUGGCGCAAAGAUAUCGCUCAUGACAGGAUACUUUGACAGAAUCAAAUCUCUCGUUCUUCGACGCAAUAGAUAGACGCAAGAUGGCGAGGAGUCGUGUCAGGAUUGUCUAUGUUUCAGUGAUACUUCUCGGCACUUUGUAUUCCCUGGGCCUGCUGCUGGUGGUGGACAUCACAAGAAAACCGAGUGUGUUGAGUAUUGAGCGCUUGUGUCUUGAAACAACAACUGAACAUGCAGGGACUGAGGAAAUACAGGGACUGAUGGAUAACCAGCUUGUCUAUUCCAGAGAUGAUGUCACCAACUUGGUGGAUAUAUUUCGCCAGAAAGUAGCAACUCUGAAGCAGAGGAAGAUUUGGUCAGAGUUACCCUCCUUAUCUCCGUGUACAGGCAAGGAAAACAAAACAUUGGACUUGUGCAAUGACACAGCUGCCUGCAAACACCCACUUCCAGCAGCUGACAGCCAAGAAAACAUCCGCAAUAUUCUUACACCCGUGACCAAACUCAAAGAGGGGGCGCUGGAGAGGAUAAAGGGAGUUUUCAACAUACAGGAGAGGAGGAAAUAUGCCUUUGUGACGGCAGCGUCAGCGGAUCACUUUGAUGAAUCCCAGGAGAUGAUCAUGACUCUGGAUAAAUAUAUCUUCCCUUAUCUGAGCAACUACUCGUUCUAUUAUUACGACAUGGGUCUGAACAAAAGUCAGGUGAAACUGGUAAGAAACUAUUUCACUACAGACUCAAAUGAUAGAAAACUUAGACAAUAA